AAGCUUUUUUUCCUGAUGUGUGAUGUCCCUCUAGGACAAAAUAUUGAAAGUGAUUCAGUUUCUGGUGUAUUGGUUAGUUAGAUCAGAUCAAUGAGCUUGAGUGAGCCAUGAGUAAACGUCAGAAUCCACAAGAUUUCCUCAAGCAUAUCAUUGGAAAACCAGUGAUGGUGAAGCUCAAUUCUGGUGUUGAUUAUCGAGGGAUCCUGGCCUGCCUCGACGGUUACAUGAACAUCGCCCUGGAGCAGACCGAGGAAUACGUGAACGGGCAGCUGAAGAACAAGUACGGAGACGCCUUCAUCCGGGGCAACAACGUCUUCUACAUCAGCACACAGAAGAGACGGUUGUGAGGACCGACCGUGCGGGACCGUUCCGUCGUGCGGAUGUCGUGGAGGUGCAUCUCGCCGUGGGGAAAGAAGGCGAAGAUGAAACCCCUUGCAUCUCAAGUCCUCUCCACCUAUCUCUCUAAACAUCAUUGUCCCCCUUGGACUUCUUUCUUCCUCAAGUACUCGGAGGUGGUGGACGACCAGUGCGGGCGGAGUCACUUCAACUGGCCGGUGGAUGGUGUCAACUACCACGUCCUUCGAACCGGUUGCUUCCCCUUCAUCAAGUAUCACUGUACCCGGAGACCUCCAGCCGACCUCUCUCUCGAGGAUCGAUUCUUUUAUUGUCUCAAAAUUGUAAAUCUUGGGAUCCCAUGUCUUGCGUACGGGUUGAUAUCCUGGUGCAUGGUGACGCACGUUGAGAAGUUGGAAGUUCCUCCAGCCGACAGAAAGUUUCAUCGUCCCCAUCGUCAUGUCUCGAUCCUGUUCCUCUACGAAGAAGACAAAGGCUCCCUAUAUUGACCUGUUGUUCUUCGCAGCCGUCACGGUCUCCGCCGGGAUCUUCGCCAGAGGUUUCCUCCUCACGCGUUCCGCCCUCGAGCAUCAGACUCCUCUGGACUUCUGCCCAGAGUGCGCGGGACUGAAGAGAUUCCAGAGAGCCGUGAUCCUCGUGGUCGACGCCCUCCGCCUCGACUUUCUUCUUCCCUCCCCUUCCGCCACCACCCAUCCGUAUCACGACGUCCUCACACUUCCCUGGCAGUUAUGGACGAAAUCCCCCAACCGGACUCUCUUGAUGGGCUUCCAGGCCCACGCGCCGACCACGACCCUCCAGCGCCUCAAGUCCCUCGUCACCGGGGGCUUCCCGACGUUCAUCGACGCCGGCGCCAACUUCUUCGCCGAGCGCAUCUCCGAAGACAACCUCGUCUCCCGGUUGAACGCCAGCGGGAAGAGACUGCUCCACAUGGGAGACGACACCUGGAACCUCCUUUUCGGCUCCGACUCCUUCGUCCGCACUCAUCCCUUCCCCUCCUUCGACGUGAUGGACCUGGACACCGUGGACGCCGGGAUCCGGAAGGUCCUCGCCCCGGAGCUGAAGACCCGCGACUGGGACGUCCUCGUCGCCCACUUCCUCGGCGUCGACCACUGCGGCCAUCGCUACGGCCCUCGACACCCGGAGAUGCGUCGGAAGCUCAAGGAGAUGAACGACGUGCUGACCCUCGUCGUGGACGACCUGGACGACGACACCCUCCUCGUGGUGAUGGGCGACCACGGGAUGACCGAGACCGGCGACCACGGCGGCGACUCCCUCCCGGAAGUCUCCUCCGCCCUCCUCCUCUAUUCUCGGACUCCCUUCGGCUCGGGUCGGGAUCCCGACACGGUCCCCCUCGUGGACCAGAUCGAUCUGGUCCCGACGCUGGCCCUCCUCCUCGGCGUGCCGAUCCCGUUCUCGAACGUCGGGCGGGUGAUUCCCGAGGCCUUCGAGAACGAGCGGGAUCUCCUCGUCGCUCUCGGGGCCAAUCGGCGCCAGAUCCGGACUUAUCUCGAGGAAUACUCCAGGCACGGCUCGAGCGACUUCUUGCAGGGUCUGGCGUCCGCGGACGCGGAAGUGGACGCCGGUCCGACGGUGAAGGCGUUCGACGCGUAUUUCGAGCGCGUGAAGGAGGAGUGCGUGAAGGCGUGGGUGUCGUUCGAGCCCGGAUUCAUCUGGUCGGGCGUGGGGCUCGGUGCGGCGUGCUGCAUCGCGUGGGCGUGGAGGUGCGGGGUGGCUUGGCCGGGGCGCGUGGCGUUCGUGAGGCG